AUGAAGAAAAUGCAGAAGAAGAGAAUACGACGCAGGAGAUUGGAGAUGGGAGCAGAUGAAACAGCUAGAGCACAGAGCGACGAGGGCGUCGCCGGGGUUUUUUUAAGGAGGGCACAUGGAGUGGGGCACCCCCUAGGGAGGGGUAAGCAAGAGCAGAACAUUGGGAGAGACCUGUACAAGUGCACUGUCCCACUGUACCGCGAAUACCACAACUUCUACCGUCAGCGUUUACUGACUGGAGGUGCCUGGGUGCACCAGGUCAUCACAUUCUUCAAUGAUGCUCUUUUCUCAGGAACUUUGUCUUAUGUUCCCCCUUCUACUUCUCUCAAUGAUGAUGAACUGGGUCACACAUGGGAAGAAGACUUCGAUCGCGCAAUAGAAGAUGAACUAAAAGAACCGGUUGUUGAUGAUGGCACACCACCAAUCCCACUACGGCACACUAAUGACAAUACUAAUAGCGGUAGUGUCCAAGUCAAUGAGCUACUACCUGUGUCUCACCAUACUUCAGCUCCCGCAAUUCCAGCUCCCUCAAUUUCGGCUCCCCCUCAAGCUGUUGCAGCUCCCCCUGUUGCAGCUCCCCCUGCAGUAACAGCUCCUCCUGUCAUCAAUAUAGCUCGAUGUUCAGAAUCUAUCACCACUGCAGUGGAAGAGCUCAAUCUUAGGCAUCAGGAUCUUGCUGAAUUUGAGCUUCCUGCUCCAACUAAAGCACGCACAAAACCAAAGGCAUGGCGCAAAGGCAAGACAACUGCAGAGGGUGAAGAUGAAGCUGUUGUUGUAAGGCAGUCAGGCCGGAAGGGCAAAUGA